UUUUUUUUUUUUUUUCUUUUCUUUUUUUAACACAAACAGGAAAAGAUGGACCAACUUCGUGAGGAAUCUUCACAGCCUGGAGCAACCCCGCUAACACAGGAGGAAAUUACUGUUCAAGUCCUUGGGAAGCGUUCAGGGUAUUUGAGAGGUUUCGGGGUUGGUCCAAAGCCGUCUUCUGCAUUCAAUUCUACAACUAGGUCACAAGCACGUGAUGUAGAGGUUAAGGGCCUUAAAGAAGAGGUAGCAUCACUGAAAGGGAUAAUUCAAUCAUAUGAAGGACGCUUUGAGCAGUUUGAACACUUUAUGAGACAAAUGCAGGGCAAUGGUAGUGGAUACGACUCUUUUGAUGAGUAGCUAGCUAGAGGCGUAGUCAUGCAUG